UCCCCCCUUGUCUUUUGCUUCCUCUUGUCCCUCUCUCUCCCUGUCUUCUGCGUUCCACUCUUCUCUCUCUCCCCCCUCUUCCCCUUCUCCCCUCUUCCUCCUUUACCCUUCUCCCCACUUCCCUUCUCUUUCCCUCUCCUCCCCUCCCCCCAGCCUCCCUUACAACCAAUAGGAUCCCAGCUCUCAAUGGAGCUGGCAGAUCCAAUCGACUACGAAAAGUUUGUCGCGGAGAAUAACAAGAUUCUGGAGGAGGACCCGCACAGAGAGAUGCUCGUCUUCCCCGAAGACGACGUAUCGGUCACUACUCUCCCGCGCAAGUUCAGGACGGUUGAGAUUCCGGUGCCAGGGAGCGCCAAGAGGACAGAUGAUCCGCUGGUGAGAGACUGUGUCCGCUCAUAUACUCAGGACUGGAACGUCGUGAACCGCAAAUAUGGAAGUUUUCACGGACAAGACGACAACAUUCUCUCCCGGAGAUUUUCCACGUGUCGUCGGACGAUGGAAUACACGAAACUCCUCCCAAAACACGACUACGAAGUCGAUUCUCCGUCGGACAUGUCAAUGCCCGAGGAAGAGAAGAAGAAAUAUCGCCAGAGCAUCACCUCAAAUGUUGAUUACAAUCUGGACCAGGCGGAGUCAGACGAACUGCUCCUGGAGCUACUGGAGGAGAAAGACGACAUGGAGGUGGACCACGACAACCUUCGCAGUCGCUCGGAAAACAGACACCCGUCUCUGUUUGGGCUCUACCCCCUCCCCAACCGGGAGGACGCCAAGGAGAACCGACUCCCGGUCCCGCCCCCUGCCGAGGCUCAGGGACUCAAGCUUCACGUGAAGGUCUCAGAACUCAGGUUCGACCUCAACAUUGAGCCGAUAUUUGCGGUCAUGGCUCUGUACGACGCGAGAGAGAAGAAGAAAAUCUCAGAGUCUUUCCAUCUGGACUGCAAUCCCAGCGAGAUCACACACAUGCUCGACGACCACGUGGAGGAGCGGUCAAUGGCGUCUCUCUCUCGCUCGGCCAUCUUCAACAUCUCAUACCCCAGCGGUGAUGUCUUCCUCAUUGUGAAGAUAGAGAAGGUCCUGCAGCAGGGAGACAUCACUGAGGCGGUGGAGCCGUACCUGAAGGCCAGAGACCUCGACAAGAAGACGCUCGAAAAACACAAACUGAGUGCCAACUACUUCUGUCAGCAGCUGGGCCAGUACCGCAUGCCCUUUGCCUGGACCGCCAUUAAUGUCUUGGACAUCAUUGCUGGGAACCAGGGAGGUCCGGGCGGGUCAGGGACGGGGCAGGAAUCGCGGGAGUCCACUCUGGAGAGGAGACGGAGCGAGAUGAACCCCGACAAACGAGGCGGCACUCCAGAGCCCAACAGACGGAGGGACACACGGAGUGGCUCCAUGUCCUCUGUCAACAGAUCAAUCAGCGAAGAGUCCCAGACUACCAGUGAAUCCAGCAUGGCCAACAUAUCUCAGAACUUCAGACCCGUCACCCUGACCGUCAACGUCUUCUUCAAGCAGGAGAGCGACAAACUCUCGGACGAAGACCUCUUCAAGAACCUGGCCGAGAUGAAGAAAACUAACAGCAUCCUCAACCGCAAGUUCAGGAGCAUCCCCGGGAACCUCAAAGUCAGUAUGACGUCAUCGAUAAUGACAUCAUUAUUAUGUCAUUUCACUUACGCCAAUUGCGCGUAUGACAUCAUUUCUUAGAGCUGUUUAUACAAAGGCUUCAGUGUCCUUGAGACUAACAUACAGCAAUGACAUGUCUCUCAGUAUUCUGAUGUCAUCACCAUUAUGUCAUUAUGACGUAAUUGUAGGUGGAUAUCUCGGCUCCGUACGAGAACAUGGCGUGUUGUAUGACGUCUAAUCUGUGGGAGAUAGAGCCGUUUCCUGACAACCGGACGAGAAGGCCAACGAGAGAGGUGGAGGAAUUUCCUCCCAGAGAGGUCUACAAUCCUUACUCCACCUACAAGAACAUGCUCUACAUCUAUCCACAAGCCCUGGACUUUCGCAGUGGGAAAGGUCGAAAUGUCGGGGUCAAAGUCCAGUUCAUGGCGGGAGAGGACAGGGAAGACGCCCUGCCGUGUAUCUACGGCAAGUCUUGCUCGGCAACCUACCUGAGAGAGGCCUGGUGCCCCGUUCUCUACCACAACAAACAACCGGAGUUCUAUGAGGAGGUGAAGGUGGAGCUCCCGGCCAAGAUCACUGAGAAACACCACCUGCUGUUCACCUUCUACCAGGUCUCCUGUCAGAAGCCGAGACCAGGAGAGCCACUCAUUCAGGAGCCGGCCUUUCUUGGAUGCACCUGGAUCCCGAUGCUCCAAAUGGGAAAGAUACAGUUGGGGAACUUCCACCUGUGUGUGACGGCUGACCAUCCUCCCCACGCGUACUCCCAGAUCUCCACGGAUACGGCCCUGCCCAGCCUCAAGUGGAUCGACGGACACAAACCCAUCUUCAAAGCCGCUGUGUCCAUGGUCUCCUCCAUACACCCUCAGGACCCACAUAUCGAGGAGUUCACCAACCGGUUCUACGAACUGCACAACAUGCUGGGUACUGAGUUGCAGGAGAAACAGCUGGGCUACAGCAUGACUCAACUGCAGGAGGCCGAUCCAGAGAGGACUGUGCAGUUUCUUCACAUUCUCCUCAACAAUCUCUGCUCUCUCCUCGUCCGUCCCUGUGUGACCGGAGAGUCUGCUGAGGUUCCUCCGAAGGCGUUUGAGGCCAUAAUCAGGAUGGUGAACAUGGUCCACUGCCUGGGCCUCUUCUGCGACAAGCACGACCGGAACAUCAUCCUCACCUCGUACAUACAGUUUGUCUUUACCACACCCCUCGGCCAGCACCCUGCCUCUGCCUUCAACAGAACCGCCACCAUUCAAGGUAAGACGAGAGGGAGCAGCAGUAGUCUGGAGGACGACUCCUACAACCAGUCAGUGGAGAAAGGAGGCUCAAUGAGAAACCACCAAGAAGAGGGUCGGGUUCAGCUCACCGGACGGGGUGGCCGAGGAAGUCGACGGCCGGCGAAACCCCGCCUCCUCGUUACAGAAGAUCUUCCACGAGGAGCUGGUCCUCCAGUGGAUCGUGUCUCACCCAAAUCUUCGGGUCCUCGUCCUCAGCAACGCCUGGUUCUUCUUUGAACUCCUGAUAAAAAGCAUGAGUCAGUUCUUGUCCCGCAAGUCGAUGCUCAACGCUCAGAGGAAAAACCGGUUCUCCGUCAAGUUCAUGAAGGACCUGGAGGGUCUGGUGAGCAUGGUGUCCAACGAGAUCACAGAGAAACACAUCAAGGACGUGAACUACGCUCGGCGACUCAACAUCAGCCUGGCUUUCUUCAUCCACGACGCUCUGUCGCUCAUGGACCGUGGGUUCGUCUUCUCCCUCAUCAAGACCUACCUGAAGAAGUUCCAGCUGUCGAUCAAGGAUCUGAAUCUGACUGAGUUCCGACUGGAUUUCCUGAGGAUCGUCUGUUCUCACGAGCACCUGGUGACCCUUAACCUCCCUCUCGGAGCCGCGCUCUACCCCGCGGGACCCGGCAGCCAACACUCCUCCCCCUCCAGUUCCAUCAGCUCCACUCUGGAGAACCUGGAUGCCCCCAAUGUGGAGGCGAUGGGUGAGUUGUCCAGUGAGUUCAGGACUUACCACUACCUCACUGGACUAGUACUGACUGAGCUGGCUCUCGUCCUCGACGGAAAAAAUUCAAAACUGCGAGAACAGGCCGUUGAGGUGGUACGGGACCUCCUUGCCUCUCAUGACAGCGAUUCUCGCUACAACAAGCCCUCUGCCCGGGCGAGGAUCGCGUCUCUCUACCUCCCUCUCCUCAGCAUCGUGAUGGACAACUUCCAGUGUCUCUACAAGGGAGCCGACGGUUGGGAAGAUUGGAGUACCACGUUUGAGAGGAACGCUAGUGUCAGGAGAUCGGUGGUGGUGAAGGAGGGGGCCGACGGGAGCUGGGAGAUCGAGGGCCAGGAGCCUCCAGAGACGGCGAAGACCAACGAUCAUCUCCUGGGUCCAGUGAGCACCAGAAACCUUCUCAUCUGCUUCCUCUGGGUCCUCAAGAACAUUGACAUGGAGCUCCUCAAGAGCUGGUGGUCACAACUGUCCAUCUCCAGAUUCAAUAUACUUGUGAAUGUUUUGGAUCUGUCCGUGGCUUGUUUUGAAUAUCGACCGGGCUCUCGUUCCGGCCCGGGGUCAUCUGAAGCCUCCUUACAGGGCAAGCGGAAUCUCCAGCACCAGACUAGCACGGGCGGUCCCGUGCAGGCCGCCACGCCCGGCAACCGCAUGAGGAACCAGCUGGCCAACGCCAUCCUCGGGGGAGAGGGGACGGCGCGAGACAUGUUGGCUCGCCGGAAGAAAGAGAGGGGAGGAAUGCAGCAGUCUGAGGCCCUGCGAUGGGGCAAGACCUACUGGCAGGCCACGUCGGAGCAGGCCGAGAGACCAGUGGUUGACAUCGAGGUGGACGCCUACAUCGAGGGCAGUCUGGCCGCAGAGUCUAGUCUCAUCGUAUUGGACACCAUGGAGCUGCUCAUGCAGACCAUAUCUGCCAGAGAGAACCUCCACAGUACACUCGGCAGGGCUCUAGAGGUGUUGCUGCAUCUGAUGGCCACCAACCAGAGUGUCCAGGUCAUGAAGGACGUCUUCAGCACCCAGAGAGCCAUCGUCUGGAAGUUCCCCGACCUCCUGUUCUACGAGGAGACGGAGCAGUGCGCGGAGCUGUGUCGACGGCUGCUGCGUCACUGCAGUUCAGGGGUGAAGGAGAUCAGGACGUGGGCCUGCGCCUCUCUCUACCUCCUCAUGAGACAUGACUUUGAACAGGAGAACUCUUUUGCCAGGGUCAAAGUUCAGGCGACUGUUGCCCUCUCAACUAUCGUGGCUGGCAGUACGACCUUCAACGAACACCACCUCCGUCGCUCACUUAAGACGAUAAUGUUGUACGGAGACAACGACAGGGGAAUGGAGGACUCCUCUUUUCCCGAACAGGUCAGAGAGCUGUCCAUCAAUCUUCACCACAUUCUACUGGACACAGUCAAAAUGCAAGAAUUCCAAGACGAUCCGGAGAUGUUGAUGGACCUGAUGUACAGGAUCUCCAAAGGCUACAAGAACUCCCCAGACCUCAGACUGACUUGGCUGCAGGCCAUGGCUGAGAAGAACUCACAGAUGAAGAACCACACGGAGGCGGCCAUGUGUCUGGUCCACGCAGCGGCCCUGGUAUCAGAGUAUCUCUACCUCCUGGAGGGCAAGUCCUACCUGCCCAUCGGCUGUGUGGCCUUCCAGAACAUCUCUCCCAACGUGCUGGAGGAGAGUGCAACUUCUGAGGACACCCUCGCCCCUGAGGAGGAGGGGAUCUGUACCGGGAAGAUGUUCUCUGAACAAGGUCUCAUCGGUCUCAUGGAGCAGGCAGCUGCCCUUUUCAAAGAGGCCCAGCUCUACGAGGCCAUGAACGAGGUGUACCGCCUCGUGAUGCCGAUCUACGAGGAACGGCGAGCCUACCAGAGCCUGGAGAAGGUCCAUCGUAGUCUCUCGGACUGCUACCAGCAGCUGCUGCACAAGGGAUCUCAUCGAUUUCUGGGGACAUACUUCAGAGUAGGUUUCUAUGGUCUAAUAUUUGGUGACCUCGACAGAGCAGAGUUCGUUUACAAAGAGGCAGCGCUCACGCAGCUGGGAGAAUUCUCACUGAGACUACAGAACCUGUACAGCGAGAAGCUGGGCAAGGAUAAGAUCGAGCUGCUGAAAGACUCUAAAACUAUAGACCCAUCCACUCUGGAUCCUGCCAAGGGUCAUAUUCAGGUGACGUUUGUGGAACCGUAUUUUGAAGAAUGGGAACUGAAAGAGAGACUCUCAGUGUUUGAUCGUUCCUUCAAUAUACGAAGGUUCGUGUUCAACACACCCUACACGAAGGGAGGGAAGGCCCACGGCGAGAUAGACACCCAGUGCAUGAGUAAGACGAUCCUCAUCACCAAAGACACGCUCCCUUACGUCAAGAAGAGGAGCACAGUCAUCAACUUUGAGCGGGUUGAAAUGAACCCGCUACAAGUAGCCAUCAUAGGGAUGCAGGAAAAGAUAAUAUCCCUCAGGAACUGUCUGAUAGCGCGGCCGCCCGACACCAAACUGCUCCAGAUGCGGCUGCAGGGAGGAAUCGCCACGACAGUCAACCAGGGCCCCUUCGCCAUUGCCAAGUGUUUCCUCGACGUACCUCUCAAAGAACAGACACACGACCACCACAGACUGCGAGUCUGCUUCAAAGAGUUCGCCCGAAGGUGUCAAGAGGCCCUGGACCUCAACAAGCACCUGAUCACAGAGGAGCAACACGAGUACCAACACGAACUUGCCAGAAACUUCAGAGACUUCCAGAACAAGUUGGAACCCAUGGUCCCCACCAAGAAGAAACACAAGAGAUCACGUGACAGAGCGCUGAAAAACAUAGCCACUGCACGCACCUCUCGCCUCUUUAGUACCGGUAGUACCGGAGACUAGUCAAACACCGAAACAAUAAUAAUAAAAUUUCUCUUCUCACAAUCAAUUUCGCUAUUAUUAUUGCUGUUUCUGCUUCAGUGACUGCUGCAGUCGCUAAUACUGCUGUAAUGAUUAGGAUGUUGAGACUAAUGUGUAGUUUACUUCUGUUUCGUUUCUUCUCCUCAGUUUUGUACGCAAUUCAAUGACAACAAUUAAUACUGACUUGCAUGAUAAGAAUAUGUUGCUCUAAAAAUCUAUCAUGAAAAGAUUUAAUGCUAUAACAUAAAACGAAGGCAAAAGCUUUUCUUAUAGUA